GAUGAGAGGGUUUAAGGGGCUUCGGUGCCCAUGAAGGCGGCGCCGCCUCUGUUUUUCUUCCUUCUCCCCGACGAGCCACUUCCACCGCGCCGCCUCAUCAGCCUCGCUUAUGCUCCUCUUUCGUUCGCCGAUCAUCUCCUCUCCUCGCUCGGUAUUGCACCCUCAGAUUUGGGCACCUUCUGCGGACCCAUAAAAUUUUGAGAGGUCACGAUUCCAAUUCGUCGCCUCACAGAAGAGGUAUGUGGCGUAACAUUGCAAGAACGGGACUUCGAUCCUCUCGAGACCCCAGAUUCUUUGGUAGGCGGUCGGACACGCUCCCUUCUGUCUCGGGCUUUCUCGGUUCCUCUCCAAAUUCAAUUCUUCCUGAUAAAAGUAAGUCCUUUAACUCGCCGGUUGCUGCUCGAUUCUUGGACGCCGAGUUCCGACAGAGUGGAGAGGGUUUGCCGUAUCUAUUUCAAACGAAUUCGUCAAUUUUGGGGCCAUGUGGGCUUAUUUCGGAUUCCAGGAGCUUCGCCAGCGUCGCGGAAGCUGUAUCUUCCACUGAUUUGGGUGAGACGGAGACUGUCUCUUCUACCGAUGCUGAUGAAGAUGCCUCUACAAGUGAGGAGGUGGAGUGCUUGUUUGAGUUGAAGAAUAGCGACAUCAGACGAGGUAAGGGCAAGGAGGGCGGGGUUGGUUCUGAGAUUAAGCUAAACCAGCAGUUUCAGUACGCACCAAGGAAGGUAGCAGGAAUGAGUGCAGCCAGACAUACAGCUCUGCGUCGGAGACAAAUAAAGAUAGAGACUGAAGCUUGGGAGCAGGCGGCAAAAGAGUAUCAGGAACUCUUGAUGGAUAUGUGUGACAGAAAGCUUGCCCCGAAUUUGCCAUACGUUAAGUCCUUGUUCUUGGGCUGGUUUGAGCCAUUCAGAGAUCAGGUAGCUUCAGAGCAGGAGAAGACUAAGGAUAUCAAAUCUAGGCUACCACAUGCUCCAUUCUUCAAUCAUCUUCCUGCAGACAUGAUGGCAGUCAUCACUAUGCACAAGCUUAUGAGUCUUCUAAUGGUUAGCAGCGGAGGUGGGAGUGCUCCCAUAGUUAAGGCUGCAUGCAAUGUUGGGGAGGCCAUUGAGCAGGAGGUUAGAAUUCACAGGUUUUUAGAGAAGAUGAAAAAGAAGGAUGACAAGGAAAAGACAACUGAAGAAGCGGAAGGUGAUGACACCGUGUCAAAGGAUCCAGAGUUUUUGUGGAAGAAGGUAAAUAUUUUGUUGAAGCAGCAGAGGCCUCAUCAAAUAGGGAGGAUCCUCAAGUGCCAAGAUGACUGGAAACCUUGGGGUCAAAUAGCCCAGGCCAAGGUUGGGAGUCGUUUGAUUGAACUAUUAAUGGAGACAGCUUAUGUACAACCUCCUGCUAGCCAGUCAGCGGACAAUAAUCUAGAUAUUCGACCUGCAUUCAGACACACCCGUAAAGCUAUUAUAAAAGAAGAAACGAAGCUCAGGCGAGUUUAUGGGGUUAUCGUAUGUGAUCCACUAGUUCGUCAAGGAUUAGACAAGACACCAAGACACAUGGUCAUGCCUUACAUGCCUAUGUUGGUGCCUCCAGUAAAUUGGACAGGGUAUGCCAAAGGAGGACAUUUAUUUCUAUCAUCUUAUAUAAUGAGAACACAUGGUGCAAGACAACAAAGGGAGGCAAUUAAAAGGGCUCCAAGACAGCAGAUGCAAGCUGUUUUUGAGGCUCUGGACACACUUGGUAGUACCAAAUGGCGGAUAAACAAAAGGGUACUUAGUAUUGUAGAAAGAAUAUGGUCUAGUGGAGGAUGUAUUGCUGACUUGGUUGACCGUGAAGAUAUCCCUCUUCCUGAGAAACCUGAUACAGAAGAUGAGACUGAACUUCGGAAUUGGAAAUGGAAAAUCAGAUCUAUUAGGAAGGAAAAUAAUGAAAGACACUCUCGACGCUGUGAUGUGGAACUUAAGCUCGCUGUAGCGAGAAAGAUGAAAGAUGAGGAGGGAUUCUACUAUCCACACAACUUGGACUUUAGAGGGCGUGCUUAUCCAAUGCACCCCCACCUAAACCAUCUUGGUUCUGAUUUAUGCCGAGGAAUUUUAGAGUUUGCAGAAGGAAGACCACUUGGAAAAUCUGGGUUACGCUGGUUAAAGAUUCAUUUAGCAAAUUUAUAUGCUGGUGGAGUGGACAAGUUGUCUUAUGAUGGCCGAUUAGCAUUUACUGAAAGUCAUCUGGAGGAUAUAUUUGACUCUGCAGAUAGACCACUUGAGGGUGAGCGUUGGUGGUUAGGUGCUGAAGGCCCAUUGCAAUGCCUAGCAGUUUGUAUUAAUCUUGCUGAGGCAUUAAGAAGCUCUUCUCCUGAAACUACAAUUUCACACAUAUCCGUACAUCAGGAUGGAUCAUGUAAUGGACUUCAACACUAUGCCGCUUUAGGAAGAGAUAAGGUAGACUCUCAAUUUAUCAAUUACAAUUCUAUUCCUGUAUUGGAUUUGUGAUUAAACUAUUUUUUUAUCAAGCCAGAAUCAAAGUGCUAGAA